UAUUUUCCGUGUACGGUGUACCUAUUGAUUGCAAUGCCAGACAGAAAUAUUUAUUAUACAUAGAUUGUUGUUUUAAGUAGGUAUUUAUAUUCGUUAAUAUGUAUAUUCACAACAUACACCUUCCCUGUGUGUAGUAAGGCGCGUACGUGGGCAGUUAUUUGUGUUUAUGAUUGUUUUUCAGCAAUGGCAGUGCCUGAACAGUUUUCAUUGAGGUGGAAUGAUUUCCACGCAAAUUUGGCGCAGUCUUUUCAAGCUUUACUUGAUGGCGAAGAUCUAGUAGACGUGACGUUGGCGGCUGGCGGUCAGUACGUCCAUGCACAUAAACUCAUCUUGUCCGUCUGCAGUCCAUACUUCAAGGAACUCUUUAAGAUGAACCCAUGCGAACAUCCAAUAGUGAUUCUCAAGGAUGUAGCACACCAGGAGUUGAAGCAACUGCUGCAGUUCAUGUACAGAGGGGAGGUGCAUGUGCGGCAGCAGGAGCUGUCCGGCUUCUUGCAUACAGCGGAAUUGCUGCAAGUCAAGGGCCUUACCAGUGGCCGAGAGAAGAGCGAAUCACCACCGCCAGCGUCCGAAGACUCAUUCACGCCGCGCUCGCAGCCAAACGAACCGACCAGUGACAGCAUGCCCGAGUGGGUCCAGCCUGAAGAUACACCAACCACUGAGGUCCCAGCUGAUGUUCCGGCUUUGAUACCGAAGGAGGAAGCUACGAGGAGCCCUUUGAAACGAUUAAUGAAGAACACGCCGAACAAGACCACGACGAACACGAAGAAGAAGCCGCGGCCGGUGAACAACGAUAGCCCGUCGCACGCAGAGAACAGCGAGUAUGGAUCCGAAGGCGCAUUUAGUGACGGUGCCGGCGAACCCCUGAUUGACUUCGACAGCGACAUGUUUCAUAAUAUCUUGGUUGUCCCCGACUCGGCUAAGGAAACUGGUUGGAACUGCAAAACCGGCGGCGUCAAGUGUCCAUCCUGCCACCGGUUCUUCGCGAACCGCUACAACCUGAAGGUGCACAUACGCGACAAGCACGACACGCGCGAGGGCACGCUCCAGUGCGAGAUAUGCCAGAAGCGCAUGCGCAACCCGUCCUGCCUCCGAGUGCACAUGUACCACCAUCGCAAGCAAGCGGCCUACUUGGCGCAGCUGAGCGCGCAAGGAGAUCAGAUGCACGUCGUUCACAACAUGGUUGGCACCAAGUGGCGUCCGGACAAUCUUAACGACUAUCGAGAUAUUGAUAACUACACGGCAACUACAACCGCGGCAGAAGGGGCCCAGUACCCGCCCGCAGAAGCCACAGAACAAGCGGAGCCGAAGAACGAAGCUAGCGCGGAGACCGUAUGAUCCAAACCCCGCCGGCCGAGACACGACGACGAUCUUAUCGACCCCAUUGAACUAGCCCGAUUGUUUACUCAACAGUGCACUUGGAAGAAUAUGGUUUUCUCCUUCAAGUAAUUUUCGACUCCCAAAUGUAUGAAAAAAAAAAAUCAUCUUCUUUUCACGAAAAAUUAAUAUUUUCCGACUCGUCUUGACGCUUUGCCACUUCUGAACUUGUCAAAUCUUGCUAUAGUCAUAUAUUACUCGUUUAAAUAAGGUUGUCGUGUAUCUUGGUGCAGCGCUAUGACUUCUAUAAGGAAUGUGACUUUGCUCCUCUCCUGUGAAUACUCUUAUUUUAUCUUUCUCAUCGAAUUAUUACGAAUUUAACUGUCUGUGUUGUAUAUCAGCUAGCGGUAUACUCAGUUAUUUACGAAUCUCUAUGCUGGAUAUUUUAUUCUAUGGUUCUAAGUCUUAUAGUGCUUCGUAACGAAGUAUUGGCUUGAUUAUGCUCUAUUAUACUCUUACCAUAAUGAGACGACAAGAUUUUAGAUUUUAAUUGGUAACAUUUAUUUAUACAUCGAUUCAAUUGUCAAUUUAAUAAUUAUACUAGUCGUCUUGUUAACUUUAACGUAUUGCAAGUCAGUACAAGGGAUUUUUAUUUUUAUUAUUGAAAUCCUAUUUUGAAUCAUUUAUGAUUGUUUUAAUAUUUGCUUAAAUCUAUUCGUAUGCGAAUCAAAUGCAUAAGUAAUUUUAAAGGUAACAUUCGAUUUUCGAUUUAUACAAUGAAUAAAAUAAAUAUAAAAGUUCAAAAUGAAAGGUUCAAAAAUAAUAUUAAGGGUAACGCAGAAAGGCUGUUUUUUGAAAUGAAUAAGUAAGUUUUUGCAUCUGUAUCUCCUCUGUAUUUUGUGUAUUGUAGAUAUUUUAUAAUCUAUGAGAAAUACGCUCUUUUUAUAAUUUUGCACAAUUGAUUGAAGAUUUUAUUACAUAAUUAUUUUCUUUAUAACUGUAAAGAAGUUUCGAGACAAUCUUGAGUGGAUAGAAGAAUUUGUUUUUUUUUUUUUUUUAAGUAUAGAUAUAAACUAUAUUUUAUUAUACCACAAGUUUUUAUUCUCACUUCAAAUAAUAAAUUGACGUCACAGCUAACACUUAUUUUACGACAGAAGUUCAUUAUUAUUUAUUCACCAUAAAGUUGACAUGUACAUUAUUUUAAAAUAAAAUUACUUUAGUCUCGAGACCUCUUUACAUUUGCUGAAUUAUUCUUGCUAAUUGAUUUUUAAAUAUCAGUAUAAUUAAAUAUAUUAUUUAAUAUUUUAAACCUCUAAAGCUUACAAUUUUGGUCGUUGACUUCUGCUUAGAAGACGGUUAACUUUUGUGGUAAGGAUUUAGAUAGACAACGAUUCUAAAUAAAAUCUCGAUUUAAACUACGAUUACAUUUUUCCGCCUAUUCAUAACGAAUUACAUUUUAUACCACUUUCUCACUAUUGAAUAUUUUUGAUAUUUUUUUAUACUUAUGUGAUAGAUGCGACCUUACCAGAAACGUUCAAUGUUUUGUACAUUUAGCUAUAAACAUUUUACUGUCUCUCUGACCAGAAGUCAACGUAUUAUAAAAUUAGUUUUUGGUAAAGCCAGUAAUUAUGUAGAAAGUAAUAAUAUAGAAAUUAUUUCAACUAUAACAUACACUUCACGCUUACCUUUUUCAUCCAUGCAUCAUUCAUUAUUGAGAAAUCAUGUUUUUUUUUAUAUAUUUUUAUUUACGGUCAUAUUUGUUUACCAAAGGCACUGUUGAGUAAUGUUAUUAUUUUUUCAAUAUACAUUCCACCACAUAAGUUCCAAAGACUGAUUUGAACAAAAGUAAUAUAGAAUAUAUACUUAUCAGUUUUAUUUUAUAUAUUAUAUAUACAGGAUGUAUCGUAUGUUAGUGACUUACUUAGUUUUAACCAUGGUCUGUACACGGAAUACCAUUUAAUUUUAAGUAAUUAUCCUGUAUAUGACGAAUUUUAUUAUGUAACGUGAAACAUUGUAUCGGCUCUCUGUUAUUGUAUAUGUAUAUUAUUUAUCACACAAAGUUUGCUAUAAUAUUGAAUUACAAGAGAUUUUAUUGAUGACUAAAGUACAAUUUUUUGACAGGGCAGCUUUUAAACUUAGGUUAAUCAAAGAUGCCAUUCAGUGUACAAAAUAUAUAUUCAGUUGUGUCGAAAUUCGAUUAUGCUAAAACGUGGUUGAGGGCAGACAAAGCAUAACCUCACAGUACAAAAUAUUAUAUUGUGUAUAAUAUUCAUUUUAUAAACGUAUGCUUUACUUAGUUUUAAUUUUACUUUAGGAUCACAUAGUUUUCGAUAUGACAAUCUAUUACGUACAAUUAUUAUUUAGUCCGUGGAUGUAUACAUUUUUUUAUAUUUUAUUAAAUACGUAAUAAGAAGAAAUCACGAUUGAUAGGUAAGGAAUAUUAAUAUGUACCUCAUAAACGACUGUUAAGUUAUAUUUUUUUAUCAUUUCGAUCAUUUACCGCGUUUUUUUAACAAAAAAAAAUUUACAAGUAAGUUAUGAUUAGCGAUUUUAUCAGAUACAUUCCAUUAUUUUAUUUUAUAUGAAUACAUUGAAAUUGCCAUUUUAUUUGAGUACAAUUUUACACGGUCUGGUAUAGUUUUAUCGGUGUAUAUUUCAAGUUAUACUUUACCACGACUCGAAGCUUUAAUUUCUAAAUCAUCCCAUCGUUAUCAAGUCGACAAAUCGAAUAUUCGAGACGUUAGAUCUAUUGUUUGAGGUGAAUCGGUUAGAGGUAGCUAGACUCGAGUCGUUAUACAAUCGAAUCAUCUCCUUGGUGUCUAUUUUACUGUGCAAGCGAGAUAGCGUGCUAUAUACUGCCCUUGUGCGAACGAGACAACGAUGUAGGAGACAAUCUGAUUCUAUUAAAUAACGACUCGGGUUAUAAACGAUGCGGAUAUCGAAACCCAUCUACGUCUGUCGUCACGACACAUGCCGUCCUUCUCUCACCUCACAAAUAAGUUAAAGCUUUCUGACAUUGCCGCCUUUAUUUAGGUCUACUUUCUUUAUGAAUAAAAAAAUCGAAGAGCUCAAUGAAGAUGUUGUGACUGUCUUAAGUACUUUUAAUUCACUCCGGCGCCGUGAAGGGAACGGUCACGAAUUAUAUGUACAGCGGAGUUUUAAUGUUAGUGUAACUAAAAUCGAUGUAGUAUGCGUUCGAUUUUUUAAUUUUUUUUAUUCAAAAUUUUAUAUAUUUUAUAAAGGUUUGGGUAUUUCUAACCAUUAAUUAUAAGGGGUAUAAGAACUAACAUGUUUUUUUUUUCAAGAUUAAAAAAAAUUAUAUCUCUAUACAUUCCAGUAGUUGUAAGGUCUGCAUAAUCAACCUGAUACGGUAUAAGUAAGUUUUAACAUUAUAUUUAUAGAGUACUCUUAGAGUAAGUUGUCAUUUUAUUAUAUUUUUUGGAUCUGUAAUCCAAUGAGAUUGUUAUGUUAGCAACAUUCCAUACUUUGGUAGCUGUAUUAUAGUUUUAGCAUUUAUGAAUGUUUUUUACCAAAUUUUUUAUAUACCAAUGCUGUUUACUUUAAUGUGUGGAUGUGUGGAGUGAUAUAGGGUCGAGAACAAAUCUCACUGGAAUUGACAUAGCUGUUUGUGGGCAAUUUAACAGAAAUUCAUUGAGGAAAAAUCAAAUUAUACUAAAAGUACCACAGCGCAAUUACACAAGCAUAAAAUUUUCAGGUAACCCCUUAGGCGCAUACUUAAAAAACGUAAUAAUUAAAAUAAUCUUUAAAAAUAUUAAAUGAGAGUUCAGUUUUCAUAGAAUUAAAUACGAAAUGUAUUGAAAAGUGUAGAUUUGUUCUCGAUUCUUCUAAAAUCACUCCGCAUCGCACUCGGGUCUCCGGGACAAGCUCAGUUAGCAACUGUGUGUCAAUAGUUUAAGAUUUUGUGUGUUUAAAUACUCAACGCGUCUAUAUGGAUGCACUCGAAAUGAUGCGGUCUAUGUUCAUUUGAUAAAGUCAAUUUUAUAUCGUUUUAUUACAAUAAUAUAAAGAUUUUUCAAAUGUGAAAGGUAUUGUAGAUUUUUUUAUAGCUGACUUUGGGUAGUGUUAAAAAUGGGUGUUAGAUUUAGGGCUAAAGAGAACCCCUAUUUCAGUAUAAAUUGACGAACAAAUCCCUUGUAACAUACCACAGUAUUAUAAGCAUAAUAUGUAGUUUAAUGUUUUAAAGUAGUUUGAGAAUAAUUUUAAGAAACGUUUAUGGAUCGUUAUAUACAGAGUAUAACUACGUAGAAUAAAUAGCUCCUCCCAAUUUCCAUAAAUUUUCAAAUAAAAAUGUAACUCUUGCUUCGCCCAAAGUCAGCCAUCUAUUAUUUAUACAGUAUAACCAAAUAUUUAGGUUGUAUUAUAGUACCCGGAUAGACGGUUCUUUACGAGGACAAUUUAAUAAUUGUUAUUUAAUUUUCGAAAACAUUUUAACGUAGUGCUCAAAUAUUUUGCUCGUCUAUACGUAUAUCUAGCUGGUCUUAAUCCAUGACAAAUUAGAGUAAUCUCAUAGUACGUAAGUUUGAGAUACUUCGGUACAUGUAUGUUUGUCGUACAGUUCAAUUCUCGGUGUUUAUAACGAAGUAUCUCUAUGGUGAAAUCACGAAUGCAAGUUGUCAUGCUGGGUACACACUAACGCGCCAUUCUCUGUAAGUCUCGUUCAUUAGAUACCUUGUACGACUACAUGUUGGUACUUUUUAAUCCCAUGCUGGUUUUUUAACCGGUCGAUCAAAUGCGCGGGCCGUACAUCGAAUUCUCCCUUGAUUAUCGUGUAGUGUGUACGAGCUCAAUGUCGAAGUUUAAACUACCUUCAUAUUUUUAAUAUGCAUCGUUUAAAAAAAUAUUGUAUCAAGUAUAAAAUAUCGCGUGAAUUGGCCGUGAUCGAUUGCAUUUAGGACGUAUUUAAAAAAUCGAAUUGCAUUUUCUGCACGGAAAUGUCUUGCACACGUACAAAAUUGCACAUGCAUUUAAAACUUGUAUUCGUGGUUUCGCCCAAUAAUCAAUAUACCUAUAUAAUCGAUGUCUGUCAAUUUCCCUGUCGCCAUAAUAUAAUGUGUAUAAGUCUAUGCUAGUAUAGUAUUUCUGUGUAUUUCAACAUUAGUAUCGAUUAGAACAUACAUGUAACUUUUCAGGGUUAUUUGAUGCUUCUACAACGAUUUCUUUGUGUAUAAUUUGCUCUUCUAAAAUUUAAUUUUAGAUGGCUACAACUAUGCACUGUCCUUUGAUAAUUUCCAUAGUCGAUUCUUGUGCAUGUGUGUGUAAGUGGGAGAAAUAUUAAAAUGGUAUAUAAACCAUAAUCGGCGGGGUGCUAGAAAUUUUUGACAAAAAAAAAGUAUUUAUUUUUCUUUAAAAUAAGUAACUUACGUUUCAUUUGUUUCUUGCUUAAGUGUUGACGAAAAUCGUUGAAGUGCUUUAUUUUGGUGGUAUUCAGUAAAUUGUAUAGUUCGACCCAUUUGGAUACACAUGUACAAGGAUUUUCAAUAGAAUUGUGAUGUGAUGAUAGGGCAUAAAAACAUCUGUUCGAAAUCCACGAAAAAUAUGAACGAUACAUUUCUAUUACGGUUGAUACCAAAGUCAUAUCAUCACAUCCUCUUCUUCGAGUAAUUGGCCAGUAUUGUUCAAGAAUAGGACAUUAAAGAGGUGAUAUUAUUCGUCCCAAGAGAUAGAAUCUCUGUUAAUAAAAGGCUGCUAUUGUGUCAAACGUUAGAAUGGUAUCAGUAAACAGGUGUAGGAUAAAUUCUCGGGUCCAGUUAGGUGUGAUACAUCCUGGAUGCUAUCGGGUAGGAAGUGAUAAAUUCGAAAUAUGAUUCAUUAGGCCCAAGGCAAGCUUAAAUAAGAUGGACGCACGGUGAAGGAGAAAGAUCGCAGGGAUUGUCGGUUUUUGACAUGAUUUGGACUUGUUUUGGUCAUUUAAUUUGAUGUAGAGUGGGUAUUUCAACUUUUUGUGCGUGUGUGCUCUAAAUAAUUGUGUUUUGUAAGGACUAGUAUCAAAUAGUUUAUUUGGAUCGUAACAUCAGAAAACGUAUUGAAAAUAAUGUGCCUCUUUGAAUGGCAUUUUCAAAAAUUUGCAUUUAGUAUCAUUUCCGUUAAGAUUUAAUAUAAAUAUUCAGUAUCAGAUAAAAAUCAGGAAAAUAUGCACACGUAUAAAUAUGUUGAAACACCUAAUAUUUGCCUUUGGUUCCCUAAAAUUAUGUUCGUUCGAGUUUUUUAUUUUCGAAAUUCUGACAACGAAUGUUUUGCAUUUUGAUUUUUAUAAUGCUCUCUACAUUGUGAUGAUUAUUUUUAAAUGAUUUUUGUAUUUUUUUACGAACAAUUUUAUGGAUGCGGAUUGUUUGUGGACGAUACAGCCGACAGUAAAAUGGCGACACAAAACGUUCUCGCAGCGCGGGAAAUGGUUACAAUUACAUUCCAAUUUUAUGUGUGUCUCUAACGAUAUUUUAUUUAAUUAUGUUCUCAAAUAAUUCUCAUUGUACUCUUGAUUAUACUCAAAAAUUGGUUUUAAUAUUUUUUACAUUAGCUUUACUUAAAACAAUAAAUUAUAAAUUUGUAAA